AAUGGCCGGUGUGACCACCCUUUUGUGGUCUUUUUGUCUCCAGGGGGGGCGUUUUACUAAUCACCAUAAGAGAUGGCAUUUGCAGAUGGAGGGAACAAGAAGAAGAAGAAGAAGAAGCAGCCUGAGGGCAUAAAACACAAUCCGUUCGGACCCGAAGUCGAGGUUUGAGCUCACCUGAUAUAAAAGAACUCUUGCAGGCGCUUGCAGACAUCCUUGAUCAGAAGCUGGUUAUUACCGUCCGGCUGUCGUAAUUCUUCUGCAGUCAGAGAAGAGGCUCGCGGAGAUCAGUAAUGGGACGCGGAAACAAUUGCAUCGGGAAGUACAGGUUGGGCAGGACAAUCGGGGAGGGCACCUUUGCGAAGGUCAAGCUCGCCGUGGAUGGAUCAACUGGCAACCAAGCCGCCAUCAAGAUCAUCAAUAAGCAGAUGGUCAUGGACAGUAAUCUCAAGUAUCAGGUGCAAAGGGAGAUAAGGACGAUGAAGCUUCUGCACCAUCCCAACAUUGUAAGAAUACACGAGGUUAUCGGGUCAAAAACGAAGAUAUACAUAGUGAUGGAAUACGUGUCGGGCGGACAACUCUCGGACAAACUGUCUUAUGUCGGAAAGUUUGGUGAGAACGAGGCGAGAAAGCUCUUCCAACGGUUAAUUGAUGUUGUGGACUAUUGCCACAACAGAGGAGUCUGCCACAGAGAUCUCAAGCCAGAAAACGUGCUUUUGGAUAGCAACGGGAACGUGAAAGUCACCGACUUUGGAUUAAGUGCAUUGCGAAAGCCCGGGAAGAUGCUAUCCACAGCAUGCGGGUCUCCGUGCUAUGUAGCACCAGAGCUACUUGCAAAUAGAGGGUACGAUGGAACAGCUGCAGAUAUCUGGUCGUGUGGGGUGAUCCUCUUUGAGUUACUUGCCGGUAAUUUGCCGUUUGAUGAUCGGAACCUCAUGAACCUGUACAGAAAGAUAUCGAGAGCAGAGUACAAGUGCCCGAGUUGGUUUACUGAAAAUCAGAAGCAACUACUCUCACGAAUACUUCAACCGGACCCAAAGAAGCGGAUCACAAUACAUGAGAUAAUCGAGGACCCGUGGUUCCAGAUUAACUACAUACCUUCUCAUGGAUAUGAACACGACGAGAGGAAAUAUCUUGAUGAUGUCACUGCAGCUUUUGAUACACUAGAGGACAAUAAGGAGACAGAGAGAGUGAUGCCAAAGUCCUCAAGCUUCAUAAACGCCUUUCAACUGAUAGCGAUGUCUGACGAUCUCGACUUAUCGGGCCUUUUCGAAGAAGAAGAUGAGAACAAACAGAAAACGAAGCUCGGGUCCAAGAAUACAAUUAAUGACACCUUCGAGAAAAUCGAAGCUGCUGCUAAUGAUCUCAGCCUAUCAGUCCAACGACUAAACAACAGGAUUACGAUGCAUCCUGCCCAAAAUCUUACAAGGUGUUGGCCUCAAUCGCACAACUUAUCAGCAGAGGUGAUUGAAGUUGCUCCAGCUCACUGUGUUGUUGAAAUAUCAAAAUCGGCAGGGGAGCUCGGCGUUUAUAAAGAGUUCUGCAAGAGUUUAUCGAGCCUGCUGACGGAAAAAUCUAGCAUUGCAUCACCAGGUUCCAAAUUUAACAGAGGACAGCGACCAUGGCCAAGAAGCAGAAAGUUCUGAGGAGGAAGCCAGCAGGGACAAAGUUCUCCGAGGCUACUCAUCCUCCUGAUAACUGAGGAAAUCAAGCUCUCAGACUCUCUGAGAACCUCGGUGUGUGGAUACUGAUGAGUUUAAAUGCAGAGUCUUAAGUAGUAUGCUAAAGUCAUACGCUGAAGGAAAUUAACAAGAGGAGUGGAUAAAGUAUGCUUCUCAAAUGUUGUAUACAAGUGAGAUUUUCUGCGAGUUUAUUUGUUUGUAGAUCAGAAAUGAAAAAGGAAGUCCUUAAUUUGUUCUCCA